AUGGGAGUUUUGGGCCUAGUGCCGUUCUUACAGAAAAUCUGCCCGCAAGUUGUACAAACCCUCCCAAAUCGACUUAGACAUCUUUCCGGGAAGACGAUAGUUCUUGAUGGCACCCUCAUCACGCAACGCCUACAUUUUGCCCCUGCACCUCACCGGUAUCGCCAUGUCCUUGGGUGGUAUCGUCUCGUAAGAGAGCUCCGAAACUCUGAAGUCCGCGCAAUAUGUGUGUUCGACGGAAAAGAGCGUAGCGGGGCCAAACGCCUUGAGAUAGAAAGAAGGAGACAUAUUCGGAAGAUCGAUGCAGCUCGUGCUUCCGUUGAGGUUGAUAGGUUUCAACGCUUGAAGAAGCUCAAACGUCUGCUGAAUGCUUGCCGCGGCCUCGAAGCGGCCCAGAGAGAACAGGCUACUUCUACGUUACGGAGGUUAAUAGCCGAAAUUCCGGAUAGUGCCAUUGCAUCAUCAGUGGUUCCACCAUCGCAAGCGGUCUCCAGUGAUAUCUCGUCUGGAUGGCCUCUGCGUAGUCCAGCAACUAGCCAGGAAGGUUCCUUGUAUGAAUUUCUGGAAGACCGUCACAUCGAAGAAGCACUCAAUGACCAGGCUUCUGUCACAUCCUCUAACGCCCAAGCUGACGCCUGGCUGAAGGAUUUUCUUAUGCCGGCUGAACAAACAGAACCCAGUAUAUCUUCUGAGGCGAUACCUGACGCUCUGGCUGCAUUAUACCUUGACUAUCGUCGAAGCAUACCCACCGUUCAGUCACUGAUGUCCAUGGCUUCAAAUGCUACUGCCGCCCAUACUCCUUCUGCCACGACAGAUGUCACUGAAGUGAGCUCGGAGUACGCAAUGUCUAAGUCCCAACAUCAGUUAAUGUUGGAUGAGGGGAAGGUUUGGCUGGACCUGGCCGAUUUCAAUCCCGAUCCUAGAGAGGAAGGAAUGAAUGAUCAAAACCUCAUAUCUCUGGCGGAGCGGAGUCAGUUCGUCUCACAGUCGUAUGAACGACGAUGCAAUCCACCAACUGCGGAGACAUAUAAAGAGUCGCAGUUGAUACUCCGAGCUAUGGGAGUCCCGUGCGUCGAGUCAUCCGGACCUUACGAAGCAGAAGCAUUGGCCUCAUCUCUGGUUAUACAUGGUUAUGCCGACUACGUUGCUACUGAAGACACGGACGUCCUUGUGUACGAGGCACCGAUGAUCCGCAAUAUAACCAGUCGGAAGGAUCCUCUUGUCCUCCUUUCGGGCUCGGAGAUCCGCUCAGUCCUUCACUUGGACAGGUCAAGUUACAUCGACUUCGUGCUCUUGCUCGGCACGGACUUCUCUCAGCGAAUCAAGAACGUCGGACCGCACCGUGCUCUAAAGUUCAUUCGGCAGCAUGGUUCAAUUGAAGGAGUGAUCGAGCACGAGAAGCAGUUUCCUCCUCGCGUCGCUCCUCAGGCGUAUCUCCAGCAGGUCCAAGUAGCGCGCUUGGCGUUUACAACUCUGCCUCCCCUUCCGGAUCCGGAGGAGUUGCGGCAGAAGGAGUGGGAUAAUGCGCAGGUUCGCUCUCUCUUAGAGCGAUUCGGACUCCUCAGAGCUACUGCCGCGUACUUUCUUGAUGAUUGGGACUACCAGGAAGCACUCGCAGGUAACUACUUCAACGAUAAGCCGAGCUCAUUGUAG